GAGGGGAGCUCAGAGCCUUCUUCAGCCUCAAGAUGAGGACAGCUGGGCCAGAAAUGGAUCUCAUUAAGCUUUCGCCUAUGACUACAGUCACUUUCAACUAUGAUGACUACUACGAAGACAGCUGCCAGUAUGAGCAGCUACAACAUAUGACUGCUUUCCUCCCUGUCCUGUAUGCUGCCGUGUUCUUGGUGGGCAUUCUCGGGAACUCCAUCCUGAUCGUAGCCUUAGUCUUCAAGCGACGGGUCCAGAGGCUGAUUGAUAUCUUCAUCAUCAACCUCGCUGCUUCAGACUUCAUCUUCCUCAUCACGCUGCCAUUCUGGGUGGACAAGGAGGCAUCAGAUGGGAUAUGGAGGGUAGGAUCUUUCCUCUGUAAAGCUAGUUCUUACAUCAUCUCAGUCAACAUGUAUUGCAGCAUCCUCCUCCUCACCUGUAUGAGCGCAGACCGGUACCUUGCCAUCAUGUACCCCUCCAUUGCUAGAAAGGUCCGAACCAGAUCCUAUUCCAGUGGACUUUGCUUCUGCGUCUGGUUGUUAUCCUGCUGCUUAGGGAUGCCAACCCUUUUGUCCAGAGAACUGACAGAGCGCUACGGCAAGAUGUACUGCACAGACAAAGCCAUGACAGAAUCCAAACAGAUCACAUCACUGAUGAUUUUAAUCCUGGCCUUCUUCUUCCCGCUGUUGAGCAUCCUGACCUUUUACUGCUCCAUCACAAGAAGACUCUGUGUGCAUUACCAGAGAUCUGGGAAACACGAUAAGAAACUGAGAAAAUCUAUCAAGAUUGUCUUCAUUGUGGUGGCUGCUUUUGUCAUCUCUUGGGUCCCCUUCAACCUCUUCAAGCUUAUGGCAAUCCUGUUGGGACUGCAGAAGCUGCCUGACUGUUUCCUUGGCAUGGUUGCCCAGGUGGGCAUGACGGUGAGCAGCCCCUUUGCCUUUGCCAACAGCUGUGCCAACCCUUUCAUUUACUACUGCUUUGACAACUACAUCCGCAGAGCCAUGCUCAGGUGCCUGUGUCCGUGGGUGAAAGCCAGCAGCGGCAGCACCAUCUCUGACACCAUGGACACCCGCCUGAGCCACUCCUUAUCCAAUUUCAUCACAGGGGAUUACACUGCAAGGAAGAGGAAGCGCUCGGUGUCCCUCUAACUGGGAGCCAGGACCACAGAGGAAGGGACCUCUCUUUCCAAAGGUGGCAGGGAAAGACUAAAGCAAGAAAAGGGACAAAAAAGAAAUAAACGGCAGAGGCAAAGCUGCAACCGUAGUGUAGCCAGCACUUCAUGCUGGUGGUACAGCACUUCCCUUUAAACACAGGUAUAUUGAAUAGGAAACUUUAACCACAGAGCUACAGUUCACAGAGAUCACUUUGUCACUGUGUAGCACAAGCCUGAAACUGCUGUGCUUGUCCACCUAGGCUGGUGCUGGAACUGCAGCCCGAGUGCUACCAGCUGAGAGCAAAGUCAGGCUGAUCAGCCAAAGCCGCCCUGAGGCAAGCUUUGAACUUAAAUGCAUAGGUUUUCAUUCUGCUCACAGCAAGAAAAAGCAAUAGAAGUACUUCUUCUCCCUUGUUCCUAGCUUACUCACAAAAAUAUUACAGCAUCCUGUAAAAAACCUGAUGAAUUCUGCUUUUUUUGGAGGUUUUCUGUAUUUAGAAAUGCAAUGUUUUAAUGACUUUGUGCUACUUGCCCUUGCAACUUGAGUCUUGUGCAUUUUUUCUUGAAGUUUCAGCUUCUCAGUAAAGGGAUUAAAUAUGUUUUAAUCAAAGGAAUUAAAGUCAGUUUCUAGCCCAUGUGGUUUCUGAAAGAAAAAAAAAGACAGCUUGAAGGCAGAGAAACCAGAAGACAAGCAAAAGAAACUGCAUUUAACCCUUUUCUUAACAGCAAACAACCAAAAAAAGAAAAUCGAGAGAACACCUUCACGCUUUUUAAGAUGGUUUGGGGGAGUGUGACACAAUUUCUGAUUGCUUGGCUUGUCUAAUGCUACGACACUGUGUGUCAUUCAAAGUCCAGCUUUGCUUUGUUUAGGUGUAACCACUUUAUGUAAGAUGCAAGCAAAGUCAAAUGCAAACAUGCCUGAAAAGCAAAAUUAGCCAAAGUUUCACAAAUGUUUGACUGAAACAGAGAAUGCUGAGAAACCUUGGGUGCAGGAACGCUCACAGAAAAGGAAUUCAAAAGUAACACUGUUUAAGUUCAUUGGUAGAGUUAAACUCUAUAAAUAAUUAAUAAUAAUGGGAGCUCUGUGAAUUUGUCUUCUUCCUAUCCAGCAAUCUCUGGGAAAUGUAGAAAUCUUACAUUUCAUAUACUGUAGAGGACAUACUGCUAGCUCAACUGGUAAUAAGUCUGACAGUAAAUGGGAUGGGAAAACAGAGAAAGAUCCCAAUUUUUAACAGCUGUAAUACCUCUUAGAAUCACAAACUGAACAAAUAAGGAUUUAAGCAGCUCAUUAGAAAACUGGCAUGAGACCUUUCCUUCUGAAUGCUAAUGAUAGAAAUGUGUGCUUAAAACAAAGAAACCGGAGUGCAAUGUUUUAAGGUGGCCAGUUAAAAUAAGCAUUAGACUUCCAACAGCACUGACACCUUGGGUAUGUUGCAACAUCUCAUAUUCUGUUGCGCCUUUCGUAAAAUGUUCAGCUUAAUAUAUUACUGCUUGUCAUAAAUCUAAUAAAACAAUACCAUAAAGCA